GAUCCAGCUCUGGCAGUGGUGGGUCCAUUUCUGGUGGAGGAGGAGGAGGCUCAGGCAGUGGAGGCUCCAUGUCUGGAGGUGGCCACAGCUCUGGAGGAUGGGGAUCCAGCUCUGGCAGUGGCGGAUGCAGCCCCCACAGUGGAGGGAUGAGCUCUGGUGGGGGCAGCAGCUCUGGCCGGAGAGGGUCCAUCUCGGGAGGAGGAGGAGGAAGCUCAGGUCAUGGAGGAUUGAGCUCUGGCAGUGGCGGGUCCAUCUGUGGAGGAGGAGGAGGAAGCUCAGGCAGUGGAGGCUCCAUGUCUGGAGGUGGCCACAGCUCUGGAGGAUGGGGAUCCAGCUCUGGCAGUGGCAGAUGCAGCCCCCACAGUGGAGGGAUGAGCUCUGGUGGGGGCAGCAGCUCUGGCCGGAGAGGGUCCAUCUCGGGAGGUGGAGGAGGAGGAGGAGGAAGCUCAGGUCAUGGAGGAUUGAGCUCUGGCAGUGGCGGGUCCAUCUGUGGAGGAGGAGGAGGAGGAAGCUCAGGCAGUGGAGGCUCCAUCUCUGGCAGUGGUGGGUCCAUUUCUGGUGGAGGAGGAGGAGGCUCAGGCAGUGGAGGCUCCAUGUCUGGAGGUGGCCACAGCUCUGGAGGAUGGGGAUCCAGCUCUGGCAGUGGCAGAUGCAGCCCCCACAGUGGAGGGAUGAGCUCUGGUGGGGGCAGCAGCUCUGGCCGGAGAGGGUCCAUCUCGGGAGGUGGAGGAGGAGGAGGAGGAAGCUCAGGUCAUGGAGGAUUGAGCUCUGGCAGUGGCGGGUCCAUCUGUGGAGGAGGAGGCUCAGGCAGUGGAGGCUCCAUGUCUGGAGGUGGCCACAGCUCUGGAGGAUGGGGAUCCAGCUCUGGCAGUGGCAGAUGCAGCCCCCACAGUGGAGGGAUGAGCUCUGGUGGGGGCAGCAGCUCUGGCCGGAGAGGGUCCAUCUCGGGAGGUGGAGGAGGAGGAGGAGGAAGCUCAGGUCAUGGAGGAUUGAGCUCUGGCAGUGGCGGGUCCAUUUCUGGUGGAGGAGGAGGAGGAAGCUCAGGCAGUAGAGGCUCCAUGUCUGGAGGUGGCCACAGCUCUGGAGGAUGGGGAUCCAGCUCUGGCAGUGGCAGAUGCAGCCCCCACAGUGGAGGGAUGAGCUCUGGUGGGGGCAGCAGCUCUGGCCGGAGAGGGUCCAUCUCGGGAGGUGGAGGAGGAGGAGGAGGAAGCUCAGGUCAUGGAGGAUUGAGCUCUGGCAGUGGCGGGUCCAUUUCUGGAGGAGGAAGCUCAGGCAGUGGAGGCUCCCUGUCUGGAGGUGGCCACAGCUCUGGAGGAUGGGGAUCCAGCUCUGGCAGUGGCAGAUGCAGCCCCCACAGUGGAGGGAUGAGCUCUGGUGGGGGCAGCAGCUCUGGCUGGAGAGUGUCUAGCUCUGGAUGUGGAGGAAGCUCAAUCUCUCGAGGCAUCGGAUCGAGCCACGGUGGUAUAUGCAGGUCUGACAGUGGAGGGUAUGGCUCUGUUUUUGGGUCUAGCUCUGGAGGAGAAGGGAUUUAUAGUGGUGAGAGCUGUGGAGCUGGUAUAUAUAGUUGUGGAGAUGGGCCUAGAGAAUCCAGCUCUGAAGGAGGGUGGUCGUCUUGAGGGUGGGGUGUCAGUUUUACCUGUGGAAGUUGUUCAGGUUUUUCUGCAGGUGCUUCUUACCUAUAAUAUUUACAUUGCAGAGUCUUUCUAUGGAAUGGGAAGAAGGCAUUCCCUUUGGUAUUAGAGGCAAGGGUGGCUUUUCUGCCCACCACUGGGUUACUGCUAGUUUGAACGUGUCACACAAUUCCAAGCUCUUUUCUCCCUGCAGCCAUCUCCUGAAUUCUCCAGCCACACACCUCUUUUUUAUGACAAUAUUGUGAUGGUUGCUACUGUUUCCUUAGGCUUUCUCUGAGCACUUCAACUCAGGCUGUUUGGAACCUUUGUCUUUGGCAACUAAAAGCUUGAAACCCUGCCUGUUGUGUGUGUAUUGGUCUAUGGGUGGGCACAAGCCUGAUGUGUAUGAUGAAGUUUUUGUAAUAACUCUUUAAAUAUAUAAAUCAGUUUAUGGAGAUCUGAUCCAACCUCAAGAAAAAAUCAGUGAUAAAGUGGAAGAAGGGGUUUACAAAAGAAUGUCUGUUGUUGGGGGCCAUAGGCUGAACAUCUGCUGUGAAAAUGGGUUCCAGGGGACAAGUCCUAUUGGCCUAAUCUAGCCAGUCAGCCAGGACCCAUGGCCACAUCUCAGUUCCAUCAUUCCCUCCAGGAGUCACUCAUUAAAGAACCAGGGGACAGAUCGAAUAAUCCAUGUAGAUUUUGUUAGCAUUGCAGUUGCAGAUAAAGGAGCAGAAAGUCUAUGAACAACAAUGUCUUAGCUUGCUUCUAGUCCCAUUUUCCCCCCCUGGGGUCCCAAAUCAAAAUUGGAUGGUAUGUAACCAAGUAAGCCUUUUUUGGCCAUCUCAUUCAAUGGUCACUUCUAUGCAGAGGAAGCAAUAUGUUUUCUAAAUUUCUCACAGAACUUACUUUAAGUCCAUUCAAAAGUUCUAAUGAAGAGCAGAGAAGCUGACAUUACCAGGAAAGUUUGUUUAAGAAGCUCAAUGCAACUGUGUCACCUUCAUUUAGCAACACUCCACUUAGAUAACUGGAAUGUCACAAUCCCAUCAGGAAUAUUUCAUGUCUUUUGCCCAGUCGGAGGGAAGGUAGGAUGUUCUUAACUGUUUUUCAAAGAAAUCCAACUGUGAAGGGUCCUGGGGGUGGCAGCCAGUGAGUGAGAUACUCAGCUUGGUGGGAAACCCACUGUGGAGACCCAUUUGCAGAUGGCCAUAGAGCCAUGAAAACAACUAGGGAAGGUUGACAGGGAGCCACAAAGGGCUAAAUCAAACCUUUAUAGUAUAGUCUGGAAGCAGUUAUGAGUACCCUUCAUGUGGGGAGGUCUAGACACUGUAUUUCAGUCAAAACUAGGUUAUCACUGCCCUCAUCAAAUGCAGAAAGCCCCACGCAAGCUGUGAAGCAGUCAGCUGUGGUAGUGAAAUCUGGAGAUUGUGUUAGCAAACCCUGCUGAGAUGAGCCUGUGUUUUCAUCUGUGCUGGCUCGCAUCCCACAGGUUCAUUGUGUGGGUGGUAUGAGUUUACCUUGGCUUGCAAAACGCCAUGCACAGCUACCCUUCAAUGGUGGGGACAGUUUAUUCACCCUGUUAAUGGCUGCUUCUACAUCACUUGCUGAAACAGUUCAGUUCUUCAGGAUCCAAGUGAUAAAUAAGCUGCAUCAUCACAACCCCAUUUUUCAUCUAAGAGAUUAGGUAAGACUUUUCAAUCAAGACAAAGCCUCCACUCUUACAAUAAAAAGUGGAAGCUGUGAAAGGUAAUUCUGCACACUACCAAGUACUGUUGGGCUUUAGUUUCAUUGUUACAGGGUGCCUAGAGCUUCUCAUCUCUAAUCAGAAGAAAUAAAGAAUAAUUAUGAACACUGUGGUCAGUCUGUGGGUUUUUUACUGAUCUGUUUUGUAGAGUGAAAGGUCGAAAAGGAAGAAGGUAGAAUCAAUGGAGAGAAGUAGGCACUUUGGGAGGCAAUUCAAAAGACCUAAUUUGUGCAUCUACCUUAGUACCGGGUGAGUCACCCGCUGGAGAUCAGACAA